GAGAAAAUGUAACGGACGAAACGGGACUGGCAAGACCCACAGACGUGUUGAACUCAAAGAACUAAGAUAAGACUUUCAGAUCUAGCAAAUAUGUCCCAUAGUUCCCCGAGAAGCGUAGCAGCCGCUGUGACCAUUAUUUAACAAACAAUGCCAAAGGUUAAGGCGAAAGGACGUAGCUCAAGCAAUCGAAUUCAAUAAAAUGAGCUCAGUGGCCUGCAACACCAACCCCAUCAACAUCAGCAGCAGCAGCAGCAGCAGCAGCAUAGACAUCGCGCAGGUUGCAGGCACUCAAAGGAUAACAACAUCGACCACAACGAUAUUGAACGAGCGAUGAGAUGGAGCGUCCGAUUGGAUGACGAACUCAGAAACUCAGAUAGGGAGCUGCAACUGAAACCGAAACUGAGUCCACGGCGGAACUCGGCGAAAAUAGAAAAUCCGUAUCCGGAUCGGAGAAACCAAAAACCAAAACCGAAACCAAAAAACCCAAAAAAGCACAGGCAGAGGCAGCCAUGAACAGUGCGGAUAUUUUGUAAUUAUUAAUGAGCGCAUAGAGAGCGGGCAGAGUGAGCGGGUGAAGCGGCGCAGAACAGAGCGAUUCGUAGCGGGAUAUCACGAUGUACACUCUGCUGGGGCUCGACUAACAUACUGAAACACAACACAACACACUCUCAUACAGACACACUCUCACACACGGACUCACUCCAGCGACCAGCGAUUCCCCACAGGACGAAAGGCAACGAAAGGCUCAAUUUCAAGGAAUUUGCAAAGCGCCCACUCAAACAUACACACACACACAGCAGCAGCAGCACUCAUCAGCAACGGCAACACAUCUCGUCAGGAUAGAAGUAAUUAAAAGUAAAUAAAGGAGGCAAGAGGAAACCGAAAAAAGUCCCUAAAAGCGACAGGAAGUAACCUGAUUACGGGCAGAGAGCAGCAGCAGCAAUUAAUGCCGCUGGAGGAGCAAGGGAGCAAAAGAGGAAGCGCAUCAGGAUCUGCCACUGGCCCGAGAUCGACGGGCGGCGACGACGACGACGACUGGAGACUGCCACUGACAGGGAGGGAGUGUACGAAGGGAGGUUAAGGAAUCGCAAUCGGAAUCGGAAUUACAAAGGGAACCACACUCUAAGAAGCACCCACUCACCCAUACACAUGCACUGAAGUACUGACUGAAUGCCUCGCUGCCUAAACAACCAACUAACUCACUGACUGAGAGACUUCAACAAGCGGAGAAGUACGGAGAAGAAGAGCCCUGACUAGAAGCCCGAGUAGCCGCGUAGGGGAAACCAGCUAGCUAACUAACAAACUAAAGGAGCAACCUUGACUAAUAACAGCAACAACAAGAACAACAAAACUACAACUUACUUUAUACGCAACUUAAAAAAAAAUAUAUAACAAAACACAAAAAAGAAAACAAAAAACCUAAAGAAAAACCAACUAAACAAACGAAAACUUCAAAUUUUUAAUGCAAAACUACGAAAAGCCACGACAGCCAUUUUAAAUAAGCAACUCUCGCACCCUCCUCAAAUUUCAACUUCAACUUUAACUUCCAACACCAAGGACACACACAAACACAAACACAGCACCACCAUGAGUGAUUCAAGAAUGCAAGACAAGUUGGCCAGGAUGGCGAACCUGCCCCGUACCCCGCUGCUGACCAUCUGGCUGGCCAUCAACAUGGCCCUGAUCGCCCAGGAGACGGGCCAGAAAAGGAUCCACACAGUGCAGGCGGCAACUGGCGGUGGCAGCAUGCUGGGUGACGUAAACAUAUCCGCUAUACUCGACUCCUUUAGUGUUAGUUACGACAAAAGAGUAAGACCCAAUUACGGUGGACCUCCUGUCGAAGUCGGAGUCACCAUGUAUGUGCUAUCGAUCAGCUCGCUCUCAGAAGUGAAAAUGGACUUCACAUUGGAUUUUUACUUUCGUCAAUUUUGGACCGAUCCUCGUUUAGCGUAUAGAAAACGACCUGGUGUAGAAACACUAUCGGUUGGAUCAGAGUUCAUUAAGAAUAUUUGGGUACCUGACACCUUUUUUGUAAAUGAAAAACAAUCAUAUUUUCACAUUGCAACAACCAGUAAUGAAUUCAUACGUGUGCAUCAUUCUGGAUCGAUAACAAGAAGUAUUAGAUUGACUAUCACCGCAUCGUGUCCGAUGAAUCUACAAUAUUUCCCAAUGGAUCGCCAGCUGUGCCACAUUGAAAUCGAAAGCUUCGGCUACACGAUGCGUGACAUCCGCUAUAAAUGGAACGAAGGCCCCAACUCGGUCGGUGUCUCGAGUGAGGUUUCGCUGCCCCAAUUUAAGGUCUUGGGUCAUCGCCAAAGAGCUAUGGAAAUCAGUCUUACCACAGGCAACUAUUCGCGCUUAGCCUGCGAAAUUCAGUUCGUGCGUUCGAUGGGCUACUACCUUAUUCAAAUCUACAUACCCUCUGGACUGAUCGUUAUUAUAUCAUGGGUAUCAUUUUGGCUCAAUCGCAAUGCAACGCCGGCGCGUGUGGCGCUCGGUGUGACAACCGUGUUGACAAUGACCACUUUGAUGUCGUCAACAAACGCAGCGCUGCCAAAGAUUUCGUACGUCAAGUCGAUUGACGUCUAUCUGGGAACAUGCUUCGUUAUGGUCUUUGCCAGUCUACUGGAAUACGCCACCGUCGGCUACAUGGCAAAACGAAUUCAAAUGCGAAAACAAAGAUUUAUGGCGAUCCAAAAGAUAGCCGAGCAGAAAAAGCAACAGCUCGACGGAGCGAACCAGCAGCAGGCCAAUCCGAAUCCCAAUGCCACCAUGGGCGGUGGAGGAGGAGGAGGCGUCGGAGGAGGAGGUGGAAUCGGUCCCGGCAUGGGUCCUGGCGGACCGGGCGGACCCGGCGGCGGCGGCGUGAACGUGGGCGUGGGCAUGGGCAUGGGUCCCGAGCAUGGCCACGGGCAUGGCCAUCACGCCCACAGCCACGGGCAUCCGCAUGCGCCCAAGCAAACAGUGAGUAACCGCCCAAUCGGCUUUUCCAAUAUCCAACAAAACGUUGGUACGCGCGGUUGCUCGAUAGUGGGACCCUUGUUCCAGGAGGUGAGAUUCAAGGUCCACGACCCGAAGGCCCACUCCAAGGGAGGCACCCUGGAGAAUACGGUCAAUGGCGGCCGCGGUGGACCCCAAUCCCAUGGACCGGGUCCAGGGCAGGGCGGUGGUCCGGGCGGCGGUGGUGGUGGUGGCGGCGGCGGCGGAGGAGGUGGCGGACCGCCCGAAGGCGGCGGCGAUCCGGAAGCAGCGGUCCCAGCCCAUCUACUGCAUCCGGGGAAAGUAAAAAAGGACAUCAACAAGCUGCUGGGCAUCACGCCCUCGGACAUCGACAAGUACUCGCGCAUCGUUUUCCCCGUGUGCUUCGUGUGCUUCAACCUGAUGUACUGGAUCAUCUACCUGCAUGUCAGCGACGUGGUCGCCGAUGAUCUGGUGCUCCUCGGCGAGGAGUAAGUUGGGGGCGUUGCGUCCCCGAAACGACGGCGGGCCUGGCCCCAAGGACACAGGAGUGAACAGCGCACGAGAGAGUCAAACUGUGCAGGGCGCUGAAAAACCACACAAAAUAAAUAAUGGAGGAACCCCAAAGGUUCCCAACAAAAACCAAAAAAAAAAAAUACACAUAAAUAGAUACAAAAAAAAAGAGAAAACCAAAAACAAAAAGUGUAAGCGGAAACAAAACUAAUUUUAACUAGCGAUAUGAAAAUGCAAAGGCAAGAAAUUAUUGUUUAAUACCAAUACAAGCGAAAGGAAAAGGACACACACAUAUUACAAGGUCGAAAGCAAAGAAUAUUGUUAAAUAGAUUUACACAGAAAAUAAUUUAGAAUUAACAAACCCAAAGAGUAUAAAUGAAUGAAGAAUAAUCAAAAGCAACAGAUUAGCAAAUUGUAGUGAAAAUUAUAUAACGAAAGGCAUAAGUGAAAGUGUUGAGGAAACCAUAACAAAACUAAAAACCACAAAAAUAUAACGAUAAAAAAUCAUACGCAACAUAGGCAUUAAAACAAAAGCAAAAUAAAAAACCCAGAAGAAGAAACGCGAAGGAUGACUAAGGAAAACCCUCGAAAUAGCGCAGUCGAAAAAGUUGAUUUCAAAAAUAAACAUACCAAAAAUACAAGUAAUAGACGAUAUACCAGAGAAUAUCCAAGAAUGUCCAUUUCAACAAUGAAGAUCCAAUAUCUUUGCGGCGUUUUGAGUUCAAGAUUUUUAAGAUUAACGAAAGACCUUUGCUUCCCACUUCAAAAACGCAAAACACUCGGAGAGUCUUCCUCUAAUUUAAGUGCGUUCUCCCUUCGUAAAAUCCCCUUCUUCAGCUGCACGCUCUCAGAACUCAGAAGCAAAAGCAAAAGCAAAUCUAGAACCAAAGCCUAACUCACUAUAUUGAUCCAAUGAUUGCCCAUUCAGUUGGUUGAUUUGUUUAUUCAGAACUGACUUAGCGCUUCCAAGUGAAAUGGCCAAAUUUAUUAGAAAUCAAGACGUAGUGCAAAGGAAUAAAUUUCGACAAUUGAGAAUCGGUUUAGCGAAUGAUUUCCUUAAGUUAACUUUACUAUAAAUGUAAAUCGAACGACGUAACGAGCGGUUUUUAAUCAUUUUGCACACCAAAACACACACACACACAAUAAUACGAAAGACGAUAUUAUGAAUUACUUUGGAGCGCACCUUUUAUAAGCAAGCAUCGGAGGAUAAGUCAUACAAAUAGUUAGUGCAAUUGACAUAGCGAAAUAAUAUGAACGGUUAACGUUUCAUUUUAGUUACACCAAAUUUUUAUAUCAACUUUAACGACAACUAAAACAAAACAAAUUAUUCAAAACUGCACUCAAUCACACACUCAACUCACGAAUCGAAUCAAACUCAAAAAAAAACUUUUCGAAGACAACUUUACGGCACCGUAAGAAAUCAAUCUAAAGUCUAAGUGAAACAUUUUUCAAAACACGACAACGUAAGCCCAAUAAAAUACCAAUAAAAUUUAAAGCGAAAUACAAAAUAGCAAAUAGAACAUGCAUAGAAAUAUGUGUACACAAGUAUGAAUGAAACUGCCUAAGAAAAUAGUGUAUAAGUCUAACAAAUAGUUGCUAACAAACAAACAAGAAGAAUGGGCCAUGAUGAUAAUUGAUUUUCAAUUUGUACAUAAGAAAAACACACUCGGAACUCGGAAUAUUCUCAAAGCAAAGUAGGAGCAAAACUUCGCAAUUAAACUUAGUUAAAUUAAUUGAAUCUAGUUAAGCGGUUAACUCAGAAACGUUCAAGCAGUCAAUAAAGCGAUAAACAUACAAGAGAUACUUACGAUGCACCGUCUUAAGUUAGUCUAAAGAUACACGGAUACACACAGGUCAGGGCAAAGGCAAAGUAAGAUGAGUAACGCCGUAUUAUUUUUUACAGCUAGAUUCUUUACUUCCUUAGAAGAAAUAGGAUAUUAUUCCCAGAAAUUCUAGGUUUGCCUGCAAAGCUCAGGAAAUUCAAAUGUAUGCGCGUUACGCAUCUUAUUUUCUAUAUUCUCUUUGAUCAGACACCUAGACAGACAAACAGACAGACGUAUAUAUAUUUGAAUUUUCGCUCAAGUUCCUCGAUGAAUCACAGACACACACAAAUGGAGUAAAAAACAAAAUGGUUAAGUUAAUUGAACACAUAAUUAAAGGCAAGUGAGUUUAACUUUAAACGUAAAAUAAAGAAAUAAAUAAUAAAGCAUACAAUUUAGCACAAUGGAGAUAAUACUAAGCAAGCAACCAUACCAAGAUAUCAUCAAUGAAUUUUAAUUUAGUGUUUAUGAUUAGUGCAAGGGCAGAUCGUAAGGCUAAAGAAUUUUGUACAGUUAGCUAAAAUUAAAGCUAGGAUUUAGUUAAACGCCAUAAUAUGGCCAUAGCCACACUUGACACACACACUUGUAUGUAAAUAGACUACACAAGUAUAUAUGAGAUAUAUAUAUAUAUUCAUAUAUAACGUAUUUAGGCACCUACGUAUAUGUAGCACGAGUUUUUUAUAUGUAAACCAAAUUGCCCUAAUCCGAAAAAAACCAAAAACAAAAAACAAAAAACAAUUACUGUAUAUACGAAAAGUACUUAUGAAUGGAACACUGGCAGUGUAAGGAGUGGAUCAGCUAUGGAACCCUAUAUACUUAAGACGAGACCCCAAAACCCUUCUCUAAGGACUACCUAACCAAUUCAGCAGAACGACUACAGAAGAGACCCCAAGGAAAAUUACUUUAUUAAAGAUCUAGACAGAGACACGCAACACGUACACACUUACACAAGCAAAGGUUUAAACAAAAGUAAAUAAAAAAUAACGAUGGUCGAGAAAUCGACCAUUAGAUACCCUUUAGCCAGGAAUUAUCCUUGUCUUUUGUCUGCUUUGCCACCCUUGGUAAAAGGUUCCAACAGGAAACUACAUUUCAUUACAAUUUUGUACUGGCUAAAGUGUAUCCAAAUCCAAACUAGUAUUCUGAGUGGAAAGAAAGCAAUAUAAGGUUUACCAGAAAUUAAUUAAUUAACUGAUUCUUUUGUAAUUCUUUGUUAUACGUUUUUUGAGCCAAGUGAAACGGAUUUGAAGCCAACAGCAAUUGAACUACCAAGCAAACACAGAAGAACAUUCCCAAAAAAAUAGUAGCAGCCCCAGAUGCGGCGAACACAUAAGAAUAAAAUCGGUGAUAAAUGAACAUAAAUAAUAUAUAUAUAUCUGCUUAAAAAUAUAAACAUACACACACACACACAUAUAUAUACACCUAUAUAUAUUUUGUAGCUAUACAAAUGGCAGAAAUCAAUUAUGUUACCGAGAAGACAGAAAUCAAAAUGUUUAUAAAAAGAAAGUAAGGUCGCGAGUAAAAGUCAUUUGUAAAAAAAUGCUAUAUAUUGAAGUCUAAUCCCCUAUAUGAAAGUCAAAGUACAUUUUUGAAAAGAAGAACAACAACAAAUAGCUGCUCAACGGUUUCGGAGCGUAUUUCCAAAGAACGUAAAUUAAUGAAAACAAAAGAAAAGAAAUUUUAGUUUAGUAAAUAAAAUACAGAAUAGAGUUGACAACAUUUUAAGAGACACACAUACACUAACACUUAAUGGCAAGUUGAUGCGUUUAAUAAUUUCAUAUGGAAUUUUUUACUCUACCGAACCUAGUUUACGAUUUCAUUUGUGUGGAAAAAAACCAAAAAUUUAGUUGGCCAUAGUGAGAGGGAACUUUUUUAUAAACAAAUUAACGAUGCAAGACGAUGAAUAACGCGCAUACGUACCGUGUACCGUGUGCGUAUGCGGGAGAGCAUUUAGGACAAACAAAAACAAAAGUAAGAGGAGAAAAUAUAAGAAACAAAACGAGGAGAAAAUGAAAAUAUGUAAAAUGUUAAAUUAUACACACAAUGAAAUGUUUGAAGCAUUUUUGGUGUUGCUGUUUAGACGGCGGCACCAACACCAACGUUUUAUAAAGCAACCGAAAGGGAGAAAAUAAAUAAGUAAAAAUUAUAUGAGAGAGAGAGGAUCGGGUAUAUAUACGUGACGCGAUGUAAUAAUUACGUAUGUAUAUGUAUAUGAUGUAUAUUUAAUUAUAUAUUAUAUAUGUACGGUGGUCUCAAGAACAAGCAAAAACCAAAAGGGAAAUUCUAAAGUAUUUAGAUAAGCAAACCAACAAGUUGAGAACCUUAGCGAUUAAGUUGAAUCCACACACAGAAAGCAGACAGUUACACUGAUAAAAACCGGCUCCCCGUUCAAGCAGAGUGCACCGACAAAAAACACGUAAAUAAUAAUGACAUUUUUAAAAUGAAUUCAAAGUUGAAAUGCAAAUAGUCUAUAACCCUAGGCAGCCAGACGAGAGGACGCGAUAUUGAUUGAACCAUGAAUUGUUAGAAUGAAGUUACACACUAACCGACACACACACACACUUAUGGUUGUACGUUGCAUACUUUUAGUUUGUUGCGUCAUUAUUAAUUAUUA